UUCCUGCUCGGAGACAGUAUCUACCAGUCAGUAUGCACACCCAUCACAGCACUCAGCCCAGACUGGACCAUCUCCCUGAAGAAACAGUGGUUCAGGGUCACGUAGGGUCAUCCAGAUCGUUGAUGUUCGCACCAAAGCUAUCAGCAUCUCCAUACACGAGCUGCCACAAGGAAUCUGUAAAGUUCUGUCCAUCCUCAGUCCGAGACUGGCACUGUCCAGUGUGUCUGCAGACCGCCAGUUUCCCAGUCCAGACCAACUGUGGCCAUUUAUUUUGUGCUCCAUGUCUGAUCGCCUACUGGAGACAUGGGUCAUGGUUGGAUGCCAUCAGCUGCCCUCUCUGCAGACAGAAGGUCAGUGCGCUGUGUCAUCUAUUCAGUGAGAGUCGAUCAGACCACCAGUCAAAAGAAGUUCUGGAAAAAAUCACAGACUACAACAGACGCUACUCUGGAGCUCCAAGACGGGUAACAGACUACAUAUGUGACACGCCCCUGCUCCUGCAGUUACUGGUACGGGGCCUCUUUACCAUGGGAGGACUGGUGUGGCUGUUCUUCAUCAGAGUGGCCCUGUGCUGUGUGGGGACUGUAGUGUCCAUCUCCUCCCCUCCUCUGGACCCUAUCGCUUCAUCUCCAAGCUCCCUGGAAACAGACCCCUCCCUCUGCGGACUGCUGGGAGUCCUGGAUGACCUGGUGGUUGUUAUUCUGCUUCUCAUCUGUGUUAUCAACAUCAACCAGCACAUGGUGCCUCAGAGAGGACAGUCUGCAGACGCUUCAACCUCACAUGCAGUAAUUGUAAAUUCACUGUAGACAGACACUGCUGGAGUGUUGAUGCAAGCUGUUUGGCAUCAAGUUUGCUUUGAUUCCUCCUUCUGGUUGUGGACCGAUGGAUUUGUGGAUGCAAGAAAACUAACAGCGUAUCAUGUAACAGUCAAGACGUCUGUUGAGUGUUUACAGAGCCUGGUGUUAUCUGUUCAAUGUAAUCCUGGUUCAAGCAUGCUUACGAUCCUCAUUCAUAAAGUUCCUGAGUUCUCAAGACACAGGUUUGAGGCUAUUUAAUUGAUGUUAAAUACAAAAAAAAAAAAAAAAAUCAAGCAUUUACAUCUCAAAAUUAUACUCAUACGGAAACUUAAUUCUUGACAAUUUUUCUGGGGCAUCAAAGUGCCAUUCUUUUCUUUUUGUUGCAUAACGGCAGCAAGUGGUCAGUCAGUACUGUAAUAGUGAUGUCCUUGUAAGUAUUACAUAAAUUCAUGUUUUUUGUGUAAAAUAAAAAAAAUAUUUAUUAUAUGCAGUUUUCCUUUGUCUUUUGAAAAUACUUUGAUAUCUGGUGUUUUAGUAAUUCAUUUAAUGUAUAAAGUUUCAGCAGAGCUCAGCAUUGGAGCAACACAUCUUAUUAUGCCAGUCAUACACAGAGAAGCAAUUACCGUUUUCAUUUUAAGACAAUACUGAUAACAUCAGCACACUGAAGAAAUACAGAACAGCUCUCUAAAUUUUUGUACGUACCGUGGAAAUACAGAAAUGUGUUAGAGGAUUGGGACGUGUAAACAUGCAUGUUAGCUUGAGUUGAGGCAUACCCCAA